AAAAAAGUUAAGGGUUAGCCGUCACUUCCAUUUUCUCUCUCUUCUCCUCUGUUCUUCCGCCCACCUUUCUCUCUCCUCCAUUGAAGCGCACUCAGAGUUCUCCAUUGAAGCCGCUUCUCAGAGUUCUCCAUUGAAGCCACUUUCUCAGCUUCUCAGGUAUUCGGCACGACGCUUCAUUCCCUUCCAAUUUGCAGGUUUAUUUAUACAUUAAAUUCUUCCUUUCGAAGUGUUAUUUCUCUUUCCCAACGAUCUAAAGCGUUAUUUCUGUUUCUUUUUCUUCAAUUUUCAAUUGGAUUUCUGCAUUUCAUCUCUCUUCCAUUCUUUCUACCCCAAUUCAGUUUUAGGUCUCAAAUAUAUUUCUCUUCCCCACUUUUUGAAUUUCAGAAGCAAUUAAUUCCUUAUUUUGAUAUUCUCUUCAUUCGGAAAUAUUACAAAUAUAAUUGCGUGAGGAUAUUAUAUUUUUCUGGAUAAUAUUGGUAGUUUGGUACUACAACGAGAGGAAAUUUCAGUUGUUGCAAGUUAGUUUGUGGUGCAAUGGUUCCUUUGUAUUUGUUGUUCUACUUGAUAAUUCAAUGUUCUUCACGAUUUAAAAUCAAUUUUGUUUAAACAUGUUUCAUUUAAAAUUUCAAAUUACCUUCAAUUAUUAGAUUCUAUAGUGAUUUCGAAGUAUAUCGGCUGAUUUGUUGAUUGUUGCUGCUUUCUUUCUUAUUCGGAUUGAUCAGUAUUAUAACAAGAUUUGCAAGCGGGAGAUUGUUAAUAUUAUUGCUGAAGAAUUAAGAACCCUCUUCUGCCCGAUUGCUCCUCGAAUCUCUUACUUAAUUCAUCAAAUACUUCUUCACUUUAGAGAACUAUUGAUCGUUGUUGGAGUCUUUUACUUAAUCAUCGGUUAUUCUUCACUUUCUCUUUCUCUGUUAUGGAUUUUCCCGAUGAUUACAGAGCACAAGUCGCCGAAGAUUGAAUUUCCAUUAGUUGUGGUGAUAAUGUACUGCAAUACAAGCAAAUAAGAUUAAGUGAAUGGGAAUCAAUGGAGUCUCUCCAUCAUUGUUUGAGAGAAAUGGAGAACAAUGAGUGGUUUCCUACUAUUCUUUUUCCAUUUACUUUUGAGGGUUCUAACAACCCGGAUAUAGUAAUGGUUAAGGUAGUUGAUGGCAAACCAAUCUCAGAAUUUGAUGCGAAUUGGUUUUUUCCAAAAUUGAAGGUUCUCACACACUUGAACAAAUCCUUCAAUGCGCGUUUGUAUUCUAGUGUGAGUUUUAAAAAACUUAUGUUAAGUAUUGUCAAGAAUGUUGUAACAUUCAAGGACAAAGCUUUUAGGCCAAUACUAGAUUCAAAGCACAUGUACAUUGAUGCAGACAACAAAGUUGUUUUCACUAAUUAUGAAAAAAGAGAGGCACAUCAUGAUUGGAUGUUUGAAGCAAGUGAGUUGUCCAAAUUUUUCAAAAGCAUAGGGUUAUUUAAGGCAAGGGGUUCAGCUACCAUAUAUUCUGAACUGAAAGCCUUUGGUGAUUGGUUGAUUACAACUAAUCAUAGUGAUCUACUUGGAGACGCUAAUAUGGUUUUCAGAAAUGUGAUUUUUUGGAAUGAUAGAAUGAGAAUCGAGUAUAUCAUUGAGUUGUAUGAUGCUUUGGAGAGUGGUCGAUGUUUAACCUAUCCUGAUGCUGAAGAUGCGUUUGCGGAUGCUGAAAAUUACAAGAUGUCAAGGCCGACAACUAGAAAUUUUCGUGACAUUAUUAGUAAUUCAAAAAAUGCAAUCCUAAUACAUGCGCAAAUGAUGGCUGACUCUGACUUUUUGAAAAAAUGUGACAAAUUUUCAAACAGACAUCAGACUACAUAUCCUAGUUGGCGGCGUUCAAAUUUAAUGGGAGCAACUCCUCGUAUAAUUGGAGCACCUCCUCAGUUGAGAUUAGAACACUUGAUAUUAGAGCAAGGAUUGACUCGUUUACGAGAUAUGUAUCGACACACCUUCCAACUCACAAAUGUACACUUUCCACUUGAAGAAGUGCAACAUAUGUAUCAAUAUGUUUUUCCUAUACAUAUGAUUGCUUUUGCAAAAUUGCAAAAUCAGAUUCAGUUUGAUGCUAAAAGUAAUGUUCAAUCAUUAGGGAUGCUCAAGGAAGGAGAUAAAUGAAAGGGACCAAGGGAGAACAACAAAGGCGGUUUAGCAAACUAGAUUAGGAAAGAAUUUGUCAAUUUUCAUCUAUUCUAAUCCUUUUUGUAAUGGACUUGAUGUGUGUUUGGGAGUAAUAUGUAAUUGUCAAACCUUAGGAGUUAGUUGUGGUCAGUAGUAUUAGAACUUAACUAAUUUCGAUUGGCUUAUUUUGUCUUUCUUACAGACAAUGAACGAGCUUACUUAUUGCGCAAUUCAGUUUAUAUGUGAAGUUGAAUUCAUGCUUUUGAA